UAAUGAGGCGGGGCGCGGCGGCGGGCUGAGGAGCUGCUGGGCGGCGGCGGCGUCGGCGGGCUUGUAUCUGCCCGGCGGGAGCGGCGUCGGCGCGGGGUCACUAGCCAGCGCGAACCUGGACAUGGAGCCCCCCGGCGGAGGCCUGGGGCCCGGCCGCGGGGCCCGGGACAAGAAGAAGGGCCGGAGUCCGGACGAGCUGCCUUCGGCGGGCGGCGACGGCGGCAAAUCCAAGAAAUUUACUCUGAAGCGGCUCAUGGCAGAUGAGCUGGAGAGAUUUACCAGCAUGAGAAUUAAGAAGGAAAAAGAAAAGCCCAAUUCUGCACAUCGAAAUUCUUUAUCAUAUGGUGAUGAUCCCACAGCACAGUCAUUGCAAGAUGUUUCAGAUGAGCAAGUUCUAGUACUCUUUGAACAGAUGCUGGUGGAUAUGAACCUGAACGAGGAGAAACAGCAGCCUCUGAGGGAGAAGGACAUUAUCAUCAAGAGAGAGAUGGUGUCCCAGUACUUGCACACCUCCAAGGCUGGCAUGAGCCAGAAGGAGAGCUCCAGGUCGGCCAUGAUGUACAUUCAGGAGUUGAGGUCAGGCUUGCGGGAUAUGCCUCUGCUCAGCUGCCUGGAGUCCCUUCGUGUCUCCCUCAACAACAACCCUGUUAGCUGGGUGCAGACAUUUGGUGCUGAGGGCCUAGCCUCCUUAUUGGACAUCCUUAAACGACUUCAUGACGAGAAAGAGGAGACUGCUGGAAGCUACGAUAGCCGUAACAAGCAUGAGAUCAUUCGCUGCUUGAAAGCUUUUAUGAACAACAAGUUUGGAAUCAAGACCAUGUUGGAGACAGAAGAAGGAAUUCUGCUGCUGGUCAGAGCCAUGGAUCCUGCUGUUCCCAACAUGAUGAUUGAUGCAGCUAAGUUGCUUUCUGCUCUUUGUAUCCUGCCACAGCCGGAGGACAUGAAUGAAAGGGUUUUGGAGGCGAUGACAGAAAGAGCUGAGAUGGAUGAGGUGGAACGUUUUCAGCCACUGCUGGAUGGAUUAAAAAGUGGGACGUCCAUUGCUCUCAAGGUGGGAUGCCUACAGCUGAUCAACGCUCUCAUCACACCAGCUGAAGAACUUGACUUCCGAGUUCACAUCCGAAGUGAACUGAUGCGCUUGGGGCUGCACCAGGUGUUGCAGGACCUUCGAGAGAUUGAAAAUGAUGAUAUGAGAGUGCAAUUAACUGUGUUUGAUGAACAAGGGGAAGAAGAUUCUUAUGACCUGAAGGGACGGCUGGAUGACAUUCGAAUGGAGAUGGAUGACUUCAGUGAAGUCUUCCAGAUUCUCUUAAACACAGUGAAGGAUUCAAAAGCAGAGCCACACUUCCUGUCCAUCCUGCAACACCUACUCUUAGUCCGAAAUGACUACGAGGCCAGACCGCAGUACUAUAAGUUGAUUGAAGAAUGUAUUUCUCAGAUAGUUCUGCACAAGAAUGGGGCUGACCCCGACUUCAAGUGCCGGCACCUCCAGAUUGAUAUCGAGGGAUUGAUUGAUCAAAUGAUUGAUAAAACAAAGGUGGAGAAGUCUGAAGCCAAAGCUACAGAGCUGGAAAAAAAGCUGGACUCAGAGUUAACAGCCCGACAUGAGCUACAGGUGGAAAUGAAAAAGAUGGAAAGUGACUUUGAGCAGAAGCUCCAAGACCUUCAGGGAGAAAAGGAUGCAUUGGAUUCUGAAAAGCAACAAAUUGCCACAGAGAAACAGGACCUGGAAGCAGAAGUGUCUCAGCUCACAGGAGAGGUUGCCAAGCUGUCCAAGGAGCUGGAAGAUGCCAAGAAAGAAAUGGCUUCUCUUUCCGCUGCAGUAACUGCAGCGGCUCCUCCUAGCAGUGCUACUGCUCCCCUUGCCUCUCCUUUACCUGCUGACUCUGGCGCUGUUACUCUACCCUCACCCCCUUCUUUACCAGGAGAGGUUAGCACAGCCUCUGAACCCCCUCUUUCUGCGGGUGGGACCGUUGCUUCUCCACCACCACCACCUCCUCCUCCUCCUUUGCCUGGGGUUGCUUGCAUCCCCCCACCCCCUCCUUUGCCUGGGGGUGCUUCCAUCCCCCCACCCCCUCCUUUGCCUGGGGGUGCUUCCAUCCCCCCACCCCCUCCUUUGCCUGGGGGUGCUUCCAUCCCCCCACCCCCUCCUUUGCCUGGGGGUGCUUCCAUCCCCCCACCCCCUCCUUUGCCUGGGGGUGCUUCCAUCCCCCCACCCCCUCCUUUGCCUGGGGGUACUUGCAUCCUCCCACCCCCUCCUUUGCCUGGGGGUGCUUCCAUCCCCCCACCCCCUCCUUUGCCUGGGGGUGCUGGCAUCCCCCCACCCCCUCCUUUGCCUGGGGGUGCUGGCAUCCCCCCACCUCCUCCUCCCUUGCCUGGAGGACCAGGAAUGCUACCUCCCCCUCCCCCUCUUCCUGGUGGAAUCCCUCCACCCCCUCCAUUUCCUGGAGGCCCUGGCAUUCCUCCACCUCUACCUUUUGGAUUUGGAGUUCCUGCAGCCCCAGUUCUGCCAUUUGGAUUAACCGCAAAGAAACUUUACAAGCCAGAGGUGCAGCUCCGGAGGCCAAAUUGGUCCAAGUUUGUCGCUGAGGACCUUUCCCAGGACUGCUUUUGGACAAAGGUGAAGGAGGACCGCUUUGAGAACAAUGACCUUUUCGCCAAACUUACCCUUACCUUCUCUGCCCAGACCAAGAGUGAGUCCCUUCCUCUUUCGUGCAAAGGGCCGGUGUAGGACUUAGAACAUCCA